AUGACAUGGCUCAACGUACCUUCUCUUGCUCACGAUUCCUCUGCCGAAGCUGUCCUCAUGGCAUUCGCGUCAAUGGAGCUAGACAUGGUGCUGGACCAUUUACAGACUCAGAGGGAUGGACUCAGCGAUCAGGAGGCUGAUGCUCGCCGUUCAAUCAAGGGCCCAAAUGUCCUUCCAACUCACACGGCCCCCUCUUGGAUCAUCACGCUUCUCAAGGCUAUUCCAAAUCCGUUUAAUGUCCUGCUCAUUAUCCUGGCAAUUUUGAAUGCUGCUAUUCCGCCUGGGUCCUGGAAAGGAUUCAUAGUCUUGGUCGUCAUGGUCGUCAUCUCGGUGCUGGUCCGUUUCUGGCAAGAGUAUAGAAGCAGUGUCGCCGUCUUUGAGCUUCAGUCGUCGGUUACCACCAAUCUUGAAGUUCGCCGCCACAGUGGUGUUGUUCUGGACCAGAAACUUUCUACCCUAAGCGAGACGAGCUACAAAACCAUGGACGAGGCCGACCUAGUUCCCGGUGACGUCGUCGUUUUGUCCCCCGGAUCCGUCAUUCCUGCAGACUGCAUGAUUUUGGAAUCGUCUUUUCUCCGAAUCAGCCAGUCGACCUGGACAGGCGAAACCGAUCCUGUGCCCAAGACUGCGAGCGCGGCUGGCGAAAAAGGCUCGACCCUCUUUGACUUGAAUAACAUUGCUUUCAUGGGAACGAGCGUCAUCUCGGGCAACGGGGUGGCCGUGGUUCUCCGUACAGGCGCAGACGUUCUUAUUGCCAGCAUGGCCAACGAGUUGAAGAAGCGUCGCCAAGCAAAUUCUUUCCAAGUCGGUAUCCGACACGUCAGCUACAUGUUGAUUGGAUUUAUGCUCAUCAUGGUUCCAUUGGUCCUGGGCAUAUCGGGCUACACCACAAAGGACUGGAACGGGGCCGCGACGUACAGCAUCAGUGUCGCCGUUGGCUUGGUACCAGAAAUGCUUCCUGCCAUUGUCAACGCCAACCUAGCCCGUGGUGCCUAUGUGCUCUCCAAAAUGAAGGCAAUUGUCAAGCGUCUUGACGCGGUCCAGAACCUAGGCGCCAUGACUGUGCUCUGCAGCGACAAGACAGGGACGCUGACCAAGGAUGAAAUCACACUCUGCCAAUUCAUCGACUACGCUGGCGACACCAACACGGACGUAUUGAAGCUCGCAACCGUCGACUCCGUCCUCCAAGGCGCAAAUGGCAACAACAUUGACCGAGCCAUCCUAGACUACACUAUGCCCGACGGCCAGCCCGUCAACGUGGCACAAUACGUCAAAAUCGCCGCCAUCCCCUUCAACUUUGAGCGCCGAAGAUCGGCCUGCAUUGUCCAAGGCGCCACUCGCACCAACCUCCUCAUCGUCAAAGGCGCAUUCGAGGAAGUCCUCCGCCUCUGCACCACGGUGCGACAAGGCGGCGUUACGCUGCCGCUGGACUGUCAGAAAAGGCAGACGCUCGUCCAACGUGCCGACGCGCUCAACAAAGACGGGUACCGCGUCCUCUUGGUGGCUGAAAAGAAGGUCGGCCAGGUCAACGCCGACGACGAAGAGGGCCUGCACGAGCUGGAGGACAACAUGGUCCUUGAGGGCAUGCUCACAUUCAUGGAUCCGCCAAAGGACGACGCCGCGCAAUCCAUAGCGCAGCUGAAGGACCUCGGGGUGGAAGUCAAGGUUUUGACGGGCGACAGCCUCGCCGUUGCCAUCAACGUUUGCCAGCGUCUGCAUCUCAUUGGGCGGGACGACAUCUCAAACGACGACGACGACGUGCAGGCCAUCACGGGACCAGAGCUGGCUCUUGUUGAAGGCACGGACUCGUUUGACAAUGUGGUCAAGACGUGCAAGGUAUUCGCCAAGCUGAGCCCGAAUCAGAAGGCGAGCGUGGUGGCAAGUCUCCGCAAGGCAGGUCACUGCGUGGGCAUGCUAGGGGAUGGGAUCAAUGACUGCAUGGCGCUGCGCAAAGCCGAUGUCGGCAUCUCGGUAGACUCUGGCGCCAGCGUUGCCAAAGAUUGCGCCGACCUGGUGCUGACGCAGAAGGGGCUGGAAAUAAUGGUGACGAGCGUGACGACGGGCCGGCUUACCCACGGCAACACAAUCAAGUACAUCAAGAUGGUGGCCUCGUCCAACUUUGGCAACGUCUUUAGCAUGCUCGCAGCCUCGGCCUGGCUGCCCUUUACACCGAUGCUCGGCAUUCAGAUCCUGGCGCAGAACCUGCUGUACGACAUUAGCCAAAUCGCCAUCCCCUGGGAUCGAGUAGACGCGGAAUAUCUCAAGACGCCCAAGAAGUGGCAGACAUGGGAUCUCCUCCGCUUUGUCGUAGUUCUCGGACCAACCAGCUCCGUCAUUGACCUUCUCACCUUUACGCUGGGGUGGUUCUACUACGGCGUCAAGACGGCGGACGACGAAAGCGCCGUCAGGCUUUUUCAGACGCACUGGUUUCUGCAAGGGCUGCUCACGCAGACGCUCAUUGUGCACCUGUUGCGAACCGCCAAGGUCCCCUUUGUGCAGAGCCGCGCCGCGGUGCCGCUCUCGAUUUCGACCGCGGCCAUCAUGGUGAUUGGCUUUGUGAUGACGUGGAUCCCGCCUAUUCAGCGGGCCUUUAGCUUUGAGCAGCCUGCGCCGACGUACGUGGGGUUUCUGGUUGCCGAGCUGGUGCUGUACUGCGUCGAGGUGCAGGUGGUCAAGAUGAUUUACGUGCGGGUUUUCCGUGCAUGGCUGUGA